GAUCACCUCAACUUGGCACCACUGCUGGCGGACAUCACUCAGCGGCCUUUGGUCGAGCUGCCGGCUGCAACGGCCUCUGCGAAAGAGGUGAUAUGGCGGAAGCCACGGGACCAGCGUCAGCUGGCCGUGUCCUUCCUUGUGUACAGCAAGACGGGGCGAAACUUCGUGAGGUUCUUCCUCUCGCAGGUUUCUGGCCCGCAUCGAGGGAACCACGAGGGCUGCUGGAGCUUCACUGAACAGGGAUCCAUGCGCCUGCAGCUGCCCCAGACGUCUAGGCUGCCCGUGGGUAAGCCCUAUUGUAAGCUGCGAAAAGUCCACAUCCUGCCAUGGUCGAAGCCCCACGUCAUCCGCGUCUCAACACACCGAGCCGGUGCCGUGGUGGUGAGGCCAAUGCCGGCAAACACACGCAUGGUCCACAUGUAUCGUGAUCCAGCGCGGUGGAUUGCUAGCUACUAUCGGUACCUGUCCGGCCUUCAGAGCGUCUUUCAUGAGAACCCUGCUUGGCACACCGUCCCGGGCCUGGCGUCUGCCGCAGAAAUGCUGGGCUUUCCCGGCGUUCUUGAGCCGACGAGGCUCCUGGCUCCCUGCGGAGGGCUUUGCUCACUCUUUGACCUGCUGAAUGCAGUGCCGCCAGACCAGGGCGUUUUGAUAACGUCCCAGAUCAUUCGCGCUGAAGUGCAGCUGAUGACGAAGGUGUUUGUGAAGACGUACCCUGAUCCCCGGGUGCUGCAUCUCUCUGUCGAUCACUUGCACCUGAAUUAUUACAAGACCAUGCGCUGCAUGCUCCGCUUCUUGCGCUGCACUGGGCACCCGGUGAGUGGCAGCUGCAAUCAGCUCGUCGGCACGCUGCGGAAGAGGGGCCUGGCACCCACGGACGACGGCUCGGACAUCCGAGAGCACCUGCGCUACAGGCGCCAUGCCACCUUCAACAAGCACAACAACUCCCGGCUCCGGGCAUUGGUGAGGUCUGUCCCUGCCUGGGCCCCAGGCCUUGCGAGCUUCCAAACCCUGGCGGCACAGGCCUCCAAGAGGCAGGCCUCGCUCUUCGGUUGCCCCCAGCGGCUGCCCCCCUGA